AUGACAGAAGACAACUCCGCAUCUCAAUUCCAAUUCGUUAAAACUGAUGAUCCUGGAAUUAUCAAGGAACUCUAUACCCUUUGCGGAAGUGAAUGGAGUGGACAGUUAACACCUGAACAAUUUGGUGAGAUCAUGCAACAAGACCACCUCGAAUAUGUUGAUAAGAAUAAGGAUAAGCUUUUGACAUUUGUCAUUCAAGAUACUUCGAAAAACAACAAAGUUGUAGCAUGCGCUUGUGUUAGAAUUGUUGACGGGUUUUAUAAACCUGGAGAUAAAUCUCCUACCAUAUCUUCAGUUCCCGAUCCAAACUUGUUUGGAGUUAAAAAUGUGACUGUUUUAUUGAUUGCAUAUGUAUUUACUCAUAAGGAUUAUAGAAAAAAUGGGUUGGCUCAAAAGUGUGUUUCUGGAGCAAUCGAACACACUGAAAAUCUGAUUAUUCAACAAGCAAUCACAAGAAGCGACGAAACAAAGCCUGAUAACUUCAAGAGAUUGGUACUUGACGACAAUGGGGACGUUGAUACGAGUUUGGCCAAUGAUUAUUUAAGUAAGGAAUACUUCUGGAUGUUAUAUUCAGGGGUUCAAACUUAUUAUGAGAGAUUUGGAUUCAAAGCUUAUCCUUUAGAUUUUUAUGAGUUGCCAUUGACUAAUCCAUUGUCCGAGGGACAAGAAGCAAUUGUCAAACAAUUGAUUCAGAAUGAACAGCAUGCUUCAGCCAAAUCCCUUGGUAAAGAAUUGAAGCUUAUUCGGGGCGACAACGAGGCAGAUCAAGAACUUAUUAAGUUCAUGUUGCAAACCCGAGAAUUGGAGAUGGUAACAGAACUAAACAAAUUGAAUUAUCAUCUGGAAUUAGAAACCCCACAUAAAUCAGCCACAUCGCUUACAAACCUAACUGAUCUCCUAGUUCUUUCGAAGAGUACCUCAGCAACACCACUUUCCUGUGCAUUAGAAGAAAAUUCUCCAAACACGCCACCUGCUGCCCACACGCAGUCCAUUUCAAAAUUAGCACUCAAACCCUCGUAUGAUACGUUCAGGUGGAAUGUUUUGUUAGAACAAUACUCGGCUAAGAAGCUUCAUGCCGAUAUUCCGCUGGUAAUCGAAUACACAAAUAUUCAAGGAGCAAUCCUUACUAAUCAUCAUCAAUCAAAAUCAUACUACAUCUUGUGGAAUACACUCAUGCAAAGAGAUUUAUACAUCUUAUCCAUGGGUGAAAUAGAAUUUGAAAAUCUCAACAAUCCAACUAUGGGAUCGUCAUUGGGUGGUAUUGUGAAUGAAUUGGAUGGAUAUAAUUUCCAGGAUUUGGAUAUUUUGAUCAGUUUAGCAGUUUAUGUGGCCAAGAUGAGAUCGGUUUUAAAUGUAUACGUCUCAGUGAAUGAUUUACCUGAAAACGUACCCAAGACAGUGAUGUACGACUUCUUCAUGAAGUAUUAUCCAAACGCGUCAUCAUUCUCGAAUGAGAAUGACAAGAAUAGCGAGAACAGUGAUAACAUAAAAGUGAAACUUGUGACAGACGCGAUUACAGAAAUGAAUUUCUUACCAAUGUUAAAGCUCUUUGGGAACAACAACUCAAAUUUUGAUUUGGACUGGAUCGAUAGUGGGAUGUUAUCUUGGGGUUAG